AUGGCUGCUCGUGCAUUCAGAAAAUUCGCUCCUCUCUUUGACCGCGUUCUUGUCCAGCGCUUCGAAGCUGAGACAAAAAGCAAAGGUGGCAUCAUGCUUCCAGAAAAGUCAAAGGGCAAAGUUCUUGAAGGGACGGUAGUUGCUCAUGGCCCAGGUGUUAAGAAUGAGAAAGGUGAAAUAAUCCCCAUGUGUGUCACUGUUGGUGACAAAGUUUUUCUUCCUGAGUAUGGUGGAACUAAAGUUGUUUUGGAAGAUAACGAAUACUUUCUGUUUCGGGAAUCUGACAUAUUGGCCAAGUUCGAGAACUGA